UACACAACAUACGACUUUCUCUUGUUCGCAGUUGACUCACAGCAGAAUGAGAGCUUAAAUUACUAUUUAUAAUUUUUGAUCAACGUAUUGGUCUCAAAUUUUGAAGUCAUGGCGUUCACCCGAAUUGGAGAAUCCGAUCGGGUUUUCCGAAAUUAUUGCACUUUACGUGGCUGGGCAAUUGCAUUUGCAAUUAUUCAAAUCGCUUACGAUGGUUGUCACGUCGCUCUUGGCAUGAUCCUUCUUACAGGUGGUAUAAUGAGUUGGAAUGGUGAAUGUCACAGCCCUGGUCUAGUUUUUCUCAUAAUUGUCGUUGCGCUGCCGGUUACUCUGUCAAAAUUGUUCAUGGUCAAGCUGGCUUAUUCCAUUUUCUCUGGCAUCACACAAGAUGAAUCUCCAGAAAUUACUUCUUCCUCAUUCAAGAGUUUUGUCACCUUCAAGUUCUGUCUCGUCGUGGUUUUGCUGUCCGUUCUUGGAUUUGUGGCUGUGGAUGGAUCUGUGAAACUGUUCGACCCUCUCGUAUUUGGCUAUAUGGCGAUUGAUACGGGGAUUUUUACAGCAUGUGCAGCAAUUAUUGGACUUUACUUGAAAUCUGCACAGAUGAAUGGACGACAAGCUACAGGGUUGUCUGGAUUUGAUGAGAAUUGCAAUGUGGAUUUUGAAAAUAAAAUUGAACCGGUUGCGGUGUAAUUUCUGGAAUUAUGUUGUGAAAUACAUAAGUCUUCUGAGCAUUAGUACAGCGAGAGUACAAUAGAACUUGGAAGGAUGGAAAUAAUUUAAGAAAGUUUAAAUACUCAUUAUAUAAUAUUUAUAUAUACAUGUAUACAUAUGUAGUUCUAGUUCGUAUGUGCAUACACAGUAGUACAAACAUACAAAUGUAUACAAAUGUAUGUAUCUAUGUAAAUAAGAACCAAUUUAAUUGUGCAUGCAUUUAAAACUAUUUUAAUUUCCUCGUGUGCAUUUUUUAUACUCGUAUUUAUUUUCUAUUCAGUUAUGCAAUUUGUGUGUAUCAAAUUAGUAUAUGUUCACAUUCAUAUUCACAUGUAUAUUCGUAUAUGCAAAUACAUACUUUUUCAGGCUACAGUCCACAAAGUUACAAGAUUGAUGUUUUAGAUCGUUUCUGUUGAUUAAUUUCCAACUGAAGUUCUUCUAUGGUGUCAUAAACUUAUUUGUGUAUACUACAUACCUAAUUCCAUAUAAUUAAAACUUAAAUGCAAUUACAGAG